CGUUUGCCUCCUCUACCUCGCGUCAUGUAGCCGCCAUUUUUGAGCUACAAAUAAUACAAAACAAAUACUAUUUGGGUUUUGCGAAGAAAUAACCAAAGUGUAACAAUCAGCUUACGUAUACCAGAAAUCCGCGUUUUAAAUAUACCUUUGCGACUCCUUCCUUUUAAGGCAAGUAUACCGAGUAGUAAUGAUACAUAAGAUGUCGCUGGUGGGUCUCGGGCAGCAGCUGCUGGAGGCGGUGAGAGGCGGACAGGAUAAUGAUGUUAAAGCUCUGAUGGCCAACGGAGCUCCAUUCACCACAGACUGGCUGGGCUCUUCCCCGCUGCAUCUGGCGGCUAAAUACGGUCAUCAGUCCACGGCCGAGGUGCUGCUGCGGGCCGGGGUCAGCAGGGAUGCCCGCACCAAGGUGGACAAGACCCCGCUGCACAUAGCCGCCUCAGAGGGUCACUACAACAUCGUGGACCUGUUAGUGCAGCACGGAGCGGAGGUGGACGCCAGGGACAUGCUGAAGAUGACGGCGCUGCACUGGGCGGCUCAGCGCGGCCACAGGGAGGUGGCCGAGCUGCUGCUGAGGUACGGAGCCGACGUCCACUGCCUCAGCAAGUUCGACAAGACGCCCUUCGACAUCGCCAUGGAUACCAGCAACACUGAGCUGAUGAUACUGCUACAGGACGGCAUGCAGAACCAGGUGAACGUGGAAGGGCCUCACUACAUCAUCCGAUCCGGUGGGAUGGUGAACCUCUCGGAGCUCGUCUCAAAGACCUCCGCAGUCAAGUCUGAGGACGUCAUGGCGGCCGAGUCGGUGGAAACCCUUCAGCAUGUGGUGGGCGACGGGAGUCAGAGGGUCAUCACCAUAGUAACAGACCAACACGGCAACAUGCAGCCGGCGUCCCUGGGCCAGCAGUUCAUCUUCACACUGCAGGGCCAGCAGAUGGUGGCUGUGCCCACCGGCUCGAUGGCAGAGGAGGUCGUGGGGGAGGAGCCUAUCUCGGCCACGCCCACACACAAGAGGAAGACAGACCCUACAGCCAAUCACAGCAUCUUAAAAUCCAAGAAGGUGAAGGAGAGUCGGGAGCAGCUGGAGCGGCAGCUGCAGGAAGCCAAUCUGAAGGCUCAGGGGUACCAGCAGCAGCUCCUGGAGAAAGAGCAGGAGGCGGAGCAGUACCGCCUCAGACUGGAGCAGGCCAUCGCCACCAGCAACAACAACAUCACCACGACAACUGUUACCGUAAACUCUACAGUGAAGGAGGAGGAAGAGGAAGAGGAGGAGGAGGAGGAGGUGGUGAUGCUGCUGGAGGAGCAGCUGGAGACCACAGUGGAAGAUAAAGAGGUGGAAGACGAGGAGACGAAGCAGGAGGAUGAAGAGGAGGUCGUCUGUGAACUUCCAGGAGAGACACUUCCUGUGACUGAGUCUGAGAUGGAGGUGGAGACCGAGGGUUCAGAGGAGACGCACACAUCCUCCCCCGGUCAGCGAGGAAGAGGGAGAGGAAGAGGAGGACGCAGACACUAGCACCAUGAUUUGUGAUGAUCUAUUUCAACGAUCUUCAUAACCUUUUGUAAAGAUUAGGAAGACUUUUGUAAAUAUGUUAAUGCAUCCAUCACUGAGAGGAAGCAGUUAGCAUCACAGACUUUUAAACGAUCAGCUGUAACAACAUGACCAGACUGAUUACUGAAAUGUUGAGAGGGAUCGAACGACAGGGGUCUCUCAGUGACUAAGGUCAAUAUUAAAAAUGAUGAAGUAUGUUAUAUA